AUGCCACGCUCGAAUAAGGCUACUGGGGCUACAGCCCCAUCCCACAGCGAUGUUAUUCUCCCCAUGCAAGACCCCUACAUGGCACAGAUCAUCGAUGGGGUCAAGAACUACGAAUUUAGAAAGUAUUGCCUUCGACCUGCGGUGAAGAGAAUCUGGUUUUACCGCACUGCACCACACUCAAGCAUCACGCACGUUUGCGAGACCUCCCAACCCAGAACCAGAAAUCCAGGCGAUGACCCUCUCAUCGAGGAUGGUCUCGGCAACGAGGAAUUCAAUUCAAGGCACAAAGACUGGGACGGAUACGACUUUGCCUACAAAAUGCUUACCGUCUACGAGCUGCGACACCCAAUUCCACUCAAAGAAAUGAGAGAGAUGUACGGUUUCAAGUCUGCACCCAGGGGGCUUGUCUACCUCCCUCAAUCCAUCAGUAAGGUGGUCGACUGGAAGCAGCAAAAGCUUUUACUAGACAGGAAGAAAGAAGACGUCGACCCCUGA